AGGACAUUUUGGCUUGAAGGAGAGAGCAAGAUACAAGAGAGAGUAGAAGGAGCAAGAGAGAAGAGAGAGUAGAAGAAGCUGGUGCUCGGAGACACACGCUGAGCGAAGAGAUACGAAUACAAGAAGGAAAGACAGCACGACAAGUCAAGAGAUUUGGCAACUCAGACCAUGACUGCAAUGAAGGGGAAGUUUCUGUUAUUGAAUGCUGCCGUCGUAUUCUCAGCAUGCCUGAUCGCUCUAGCCAUUUUCCGGCCAAGACAGAUCUUAGAAACCUUGCAAGCACGAGACGUCUCAAGAUCUUCGAUCUUAGGAGAUGGCUACAUCGAUCGAGGAUGGAAGAAUGUGUGGUCUUCCAUCCCAGCCCAGUACAAGCAAGUCACUAAAGAGCUCUCUGGUUACAACCUGUUUGGAUCCCACGGUACAGGAGCAGGUGGUUCCAAGGCAGCGACCACAGCCAAGUCUGAGCUCGCCUCGUACUCCAGUAUCCUUGACAAUGCAGAUGGAGAUGCUGGCAGUGGUCAGAGGUUGACGCGAAAGUCAGUGGGAGGGCACGAAGUGAAGGAAUACGACAACGAGCUUGCUAGCUACAGCAACAUUCUCUCCUUCCCUCCCACGGACCCCGAGAAAGCAGCUGAAUCGAUCAAGAUCGCCAAGCCAAAGUUGAGAAGAGAUCAGAGGAAGAAGAUCGCGAGGCUUGAGAGGAAGUUAAGGAAGGUCGACCGGGAGCUGGCGGCGGACUCCCGGCAAAAGGGGCGAGGAGAGAGAGGAGGCGCUAGCAAGAGCUCCGCGGAAUCACAGGAGAUCUGCCAGUCAUGCUUGAGGCACUGGGACGAGCAAGCGUUGAGCUGCGCCAAGGAGACUUGUGGCUCUGAGAUGUGGGAGAGCGAGCUGGGGAGCGAGCAGGUGCAGCUGAACAAUCGGCUCGCCAGUGUCUUCAGUGACUGUGUCCCGCCCUCCGUCCCCAACUCUAAGGCGAAGAUCCUCGUCUCUUCUUUCGUCCUGCCCUGGGAGAAACCCUUUACUGCUCCUCACAACUCCUGGCUCAAGAUUGUCCCCGCCGGCCCGGGGUAUGACGACCUCGGGCUGAGGACCGGGGAGACGUCGCAGUUGACGCUGAGUGGGUAUACUGUGCUAUCAGGAGCAGAUGUUAAGUGCAGGAGUGGGAAGAGCAUGGAACAGGAGCUGGAGCCGCUGGUGGAGAAGCAGACGAUCCUCAACAGGAAGCGCGCCUUUGCCUACUUCGAGAAUUUGUCGAACUCGCCCAAGGGGGCGGAGGCUAUGGCUGAGAAGGCGCUCGAGAGUGCAAAUGUGAAGUCAGCAGUGAUGAGCUGGCUCUAUCCCGUUGGAGAGGAGGAGGCGGACAAGCGAGCGAUGAGGCUGAGGGAGCAGGCUGCGCGGGAGGAGGAAAAGACAAGGGAGAAGGAGCAGGCUGAGAGGAAAAGGCAAAAGGCACUAGACGAAAGGCGCAAGCUCGAGGCUCUCAAGGUGAAGCAGCUGGAGAAGCGGGUGAUGAAGCAGCAGCAAGAGGAUGCGCAUGGUGGAGGAUACCUGGGUCUCUCCCAUCACUCCUCUCUGAGCUCCACGGGAGCGUUGGCAAACUCUGACGAGAGGGAGGUGGACCGAAAGUCUUCCAGAGGAGGAGGAGCCGUGCAGAAUGCGAUGAUUCGACUACUGAAGGCCAAGGAGGCGCUGCUGCAAGCGAUCAGUCGCCGAGCGAUGGAGGCGAAGAAAGCCGGAAGGCAUGGCGCGGACUCUUCCAAGCAGCUCGCCACGGAUGAAAAGGCGUUCGAGGAUAUGCAGCAUCACGACCGCUCGAUCCUGAGAAGCGCCUCUUAUGCGCAGAAGAAGAUCCGAGAAGAGCAGGCGCUCAAGUUGCAGGAGUUGCGACAUGAGCGGCUGGAAAGGGAGCAGAAGUCGUUGAGGGCUACUAUCAAGAAGCUCAAGAGCAAGAUGAGCUGAAGUUGCGACUUGAACCAAAUAGAAAGCCCGAGCUGUCAAUGCGAUGCCUCCAGUGAUGUUUCACUUAAGUUACCAGAAACCUGCCCAUGGGCCCAGUAGGAAUGCUGGAGGGAGAAGAAGCUCGUGUGAGCGAGACGAUUGAGACUAUAAAGAAGAACAGGC